GCAUUAUGGGUGCUACUUUGGGUAAACAGUAGUGAGUUGACGAUAUUACGCGGAAGCUUCGCUCGCUGGACUUAUUUACUCUGUUAAAUCGUACGAAUGAUUGGAUUACCGCCUUUCUUGUGAUGCUGGAUGUAUUAAAACACUCCCUCUCUGUCUGCUCGGCUUAAACAAACAACAAACAGAGAGGUGUGGCCAAAGUAGGAGCCAAAAUGGCCAGCGCAGGACGCCGGUUUCACACUGUGCACUGAUUCAUCCUACGGUAGCCAGCGAGGCUAAACCUGCUAGCUGAACGAGGAACUGCUGCUACAGAGAGAGAGAGAGAGAAGGGAACUCGGGGACAGAUGAACAUGGCUGAACUUGAGCAACACGAAGGAGCGCAGGUAUCGUUAGAAGUCAUUUAAGCGAUUCUGUCAUUUAUUCUAUCCGAAGUUAAUACGUGUCUAAUCUAAAUGAACUCAUUUGACAGGACCUUGACAAGAAAAUUGAGGAGACGAGACUCAGAUUCAAGAAUGAGUAUCUUCAAGGUAAAGAGAAUUGUGAAGGGAUAAGCUGAGAGUAACUUGCUGCUUGACCUGUCUCUUGUUCUGCACGUAUUUAGUCGAAGUAAGACUAAAAACUGUGGGUUCACUGCCCUCUAGUUUCCUGUUUGUUUACCUCUUCAGUUUGAUAAUGUGAUCACAUCUGAUAAGAAGAUAACCAGCUAACGUUAGCCUUUGUAUUGACACAUGGUGAAACUCAGAGUAAAACAGCCCGCAGGUAUAACGUCAUGGCCUUAAAUAGGACUUAAUUUGGGUCCACAGCACAGUGGGGUCAUUAUGGCUUUAACAGGAUUUUUCACGCAGGAAAAGUGAGCGUGGAGGGAAAGUAAAGCCUUGUGCCCUAAAUCCUUUGAAGUUCAUGUCAUGUGCUGUACCUCUGUGUUGUGUUUACAGACUCAGCAGAGAAAUAUGACUCCAGAGACGUGGACAGGCUUGAAAAAGAUGAUGCCCUGGUGGAGGGCUACCUCACAUGGAGAAUCUAUGUUGUUGAUGAUGCCUUGAAAAUGAUCGAUGAUAGUUUUCAGUGGAGAAAAGAGUAUGGUGUGAAUGGUAAGAACUCAGACUGAAUCAUUUUAACAUAUAUGUUCAAUUUACAGCACCUGAAUGAAGUAUGUUUGAUCUAGACACUGACACCAAUAACAACUGUACUAGCUUCUGUCUGUGGUAAAACGUCUCUUAAAACCCACAAGUUAUCAAAGUUUAUAAAAGGUAAAAGUUGUAAUGAUUUAGGUAGUUUACCAAGAACUUUGCCUCAGUUACAUAAUCAAAAUUUGCAUUAUGUAGAUAUAAAUCAGGAACUACACAGCGCAUAAUAACUAUAGGUAAAUAUGAUUAUAAAUCUGUCCUUCACUUCCUUCCAAAACAAGCACUGCAGUUUAAUAUCAAGUCCCCACUGAGGAGAAAUGUUGACAUCCUUAUAUUUAGAUGUUUGCAAGCUUGCGACACAGAUCCGCGGUUGUCUUUGUGCUCCUCUGGGAUGAAUCCAAACAGAGUGUCUUUGUGUGUUAAAACAGUUGUAUGCAUAGGCCACCCCGGGGAACAAUCCCCACUGUAUGUGUUUUCUGAAGAAUUUCCAAGACUUGUUGUCUGUUUAGUCUUUAAUCCAACAAAUUUAAUUUGUCAACCUUUGUUUUGAGGAGAUUUGAUUUAUUAGAGUCAUUAACAUGUGAGAGCAUCAGGGACUGUUGGUUAGUUUGUUCCCCUGUUGAUAAGAGUUUGCGUCAGUGUUUAUUAGUUUAAAGAGUUUAAGGAACCUCAGCAGGUUCUAUUAAAAAAAGUGAGAGACUUCCUCUGAAGGCUCAGAAAAGAAUGCAGUCGAGUCAUGUUUCAACUGACAUGUACGCACGCAGUUUCAGUUUUGUUUGUUGCUUAGUUGCAAUAGUAAUGCUUCAUCUUUUUAAAUAGAACAAGAAAGCUUUUCAGACGUGAUGGCGAUCAAGAUUUGUGGCUCCACUGUAUCAAACAUAUCUUUUGAAUAGUUUAAACUUUUUUGUUGUAACUUAACAAAUCAAUGUACCCCUGCUCUCAUAAAACUAUAUCCAGCAAAGCCAAAAAGUCAAAAAGUAUAUAUGUUUGUUUUCUCUCCUCAGACCUCAGUGAGAGCAUCAUUCCCAGAUGGAUGUUUGAGACCGGUGCUGUCUACCUCCAUGGCUACGACAAAGAAGGCAACAAGCUCUGUAUGUACUUUUCUACUACAUGGCUUCAUCUAUUGCAGGCUUACUCACUGUAGGCCUUAUAACUAAGUCUGUCUUACUGUAAGACAUCUGAGCCCUAUUAAAAGAGUUUAGUUACCACUCAAGUUUUAAACUAGCACAAACUGCUGCUACCUUUGCUGAUAAUUUGUACCUAUGUUUGCUCUCCACAGUCUGGUUUAAGGUGAAGCUUCAUGUCAAAGAUGCAAAAACGAUCGUGGAUAAGAAGAAGUAUGUUGCCUUCUGGUUGGAGCGCUAUGCAAAGAAAGAACCUGGGAUGCCUCUCACUGUUGUGUUUGACAUGGCAGACUCUGGCCUCAGCAAUAUUGUAAGUUCUUGAUGAUGGAAAAAAGGUUAUGGGAAUUAAAUCACUAACCCAUUGCUGUUGCUCAGGCGUCUUGUCAGAGGUUAUUUUCCUCUAGUUGUAUACAGAUCUUCCGAACUAGUUAAUUUCUAUUAAGUGCUUCACUCUUGCAGUAGAAGAAGACAAUUUCCCUGCUGUGACUGUCAUUGAAAUGCUGUCAAGUGUCCUCAAAUUUCUCGUUGUUUGAGCUGGCAUCUUGCCGGGACCGAUGCUCUUCAAUGGUUUUACACUUCUGAGAUUAAAGUAACCUUUAAAUCCCGUUGGUCAACUUGAGAGGACUGUCUAAUCCCGAGACUCGCGGUGUCACAGCUUCUCAAUGCAGCUCUCUGCGUGUGUCUCAUUGGCUGGGCUCUCUCUUGAAGAAAUGCUUCAGUUUAAAACAAAAUAAACCAACGCUGGCAGGGUGAAGAAGGAUAAACAGUUAUGCAACCCAAAUAUGAAAUGCUUUAAUUAAGAGGUCAGUUUGGAAAGUGGCCUUUUUGAAGGCUUGCUGAACCACAUAGAGUGCCAGAGCAAGGGUAGCCUGUAUGAUCUCAUUAAGACUCUGGGAGUGAGUCUCCUGCAUAGCAAUUAGGCUUUUAGCCUAUUAUAGAGCCUAUGCAGGAUAUAGGGGGGCUUUAGCUGUUGACCUAUCGGUUGUUUGUCUGAUUAUUGUGAUUAACAUGAAACUGUUAGAUGCUCACUUAUCCUGUUCACCUAGAGAAACGACUUUGCCUAGUUAAUCACCUGGAUAUGUGGUUUUCACUUGGGAGUAAUCAAGAACUGAGAGAUGAUAAAACUUGACUUUUUCAGGGCUUUCAACAGCAGAAAAGAAACAUUUCAAUCACAAGAGACUUACUUGUAUUUAUUCAUGAUGGAUAUUUAAAACUUAGACAUUUACUUUAAGCACGUCUUUAAGUUUCAAGAAGUUUUCCACCUUUUAAAAUCUGAUGUUGAACAUAUGAAAAAGUAGUGAAAACAAACAAUGCUCCCAUAAUAGAGCACUGUAGAAAGAAAGGACAUUGCCAUCAUUUUUUCUCUAAAAAUACUAUUUCAAUUAUUAUCAGUAUCAUUAUAACAUUUUUCCUUUCUCUCUUAUUCUCAUCUUUAUCCUGCUCUAAGGACUGAGGUUACCAUGCGUACCAUCAGUUGUAAUAUAGAGUACGACCCAGCUGACUCUUCUGUUUUUCCUGCAGCUGCUAUGUUGUGUUUUGUGUUUACUUCACAGCUCUGCCAUUCUCAAGCGUUUUAACUCAUUGCCAUUUUUAAUGUGCAAAACCCGAAUGAACAAAGGUCCAUUGUUAAAUCUGUUUAUCUCCACUGUGUGUUUCAGGACAUGGAUUUUGUGAAGUACAUCAUCAACUGCUUCAAAGUUUAUUAUCCAAAGUUUUUGUGUAAGUAUUAACAUUUUACUAAGUGCAUUACAAAUGUCAAUUCACAUGCUUUUCAAAAACAUCUUUCUGCUGCUUUCAGUCUUACGCCUUUUGUUUUAUUCCAGCCAAAAUGAUCAUCGUGGAUAUGCCCUGGAUCAUGAACGGUGAGAACGAACCUUCCUUUUCUGGGAGUCUGAAUCCUUUGUCCAUCCGUUAUUUAUAUAAAAAUCAGAAUCUGACUCCCUGAUCAUUAUCAUGUCUGUGUUACAGCUGCGUGGAAGAUUGUGAAGUCAUGGUUGGGUCCUGAGGCGAUUAGCAAGCUGAAGUUUGCUUCCAGAACUGAGAUUCAAUCCUUCAUCGAUCCUGAAUACCUGCCAUCUCACAUGGGAGGGACGGUAUGUUAUAGUUUCUGUAUGUGAUCCGCAUUGAUGUGUGGCUGUCAGCAAAAUAGUUACUGUUACUGCUUAUUGUUUUCUGUAAAGCAGCUACACUUGUGCUUUCAGUGGGAAAAGUUGAAGUGCUGGUGUUUUGCACAAUCCGGCUAUGCUAGCUUUCGUAGGAUUUGAAAAGAAACAGUUGAAACUUAGAUGACUAGUUUUUGGGUUCACACUGGCGUCAUAAACGGCGUAGACAUACAUUUUUCAUGGUUUUAUACACUUUCUUUGUUUCUUUCCAAGAAAGAAAUCGUUUAAGGUCACAUAUAAAGUCAUCGCUUUAGCAGAUGAUGAACUUUUGUUUGACUGCUCACUAUCACAUAACCCUUGUCAUUAUGUACAUCCACAUGCAAGCCAUGAGACUUCCCUGGAUGUAUCAAUAGAACUCAGUCUAACUGCCUUAAUUUGAACUGACAGCGUAGAAACCUUAAAAACCAUGAGACUUCUCUGGCUUCUUUCCAGGACCCCUUUAAGUACAGCUACCCACCUCUCCCAGACGACGACUUUCAUACGCCAAGUGACAACGGACCUAUUAUGAGUGAGGACGAGCCUGAGAGCAAAGAGGGUGAACUGGAGGUCAAAGACAACCUCGAGUCCAGCUUCAACUCUGAGAUUGCGGUAAAGCCCAAAAAGGUACUUCUAUCAGCUUUCCGUUGGAUAUUUUCAGGCGUGACAAAUUGUUUCAGAAUCAAAACCUUCUCCUUGUCCUUGUAAACUGCUUUGCUUUGCUGCAAUCCAAGGCAGGAUUACAGUUUCCAGUUUGGCAGAAUGCAAACCACUUGACCUCAUAUUUAUUUUAAUGUGGAUUAGUUGUUUCUUAAUUCAAUCGCCGGCUCAGUUAAAACUAAUAUUCAGCAAAACCAGCAUUGAGCAAAGUGAUCGCCAAGUAAGUUUCCCUGUGGUCAGAGAUGUUGUCUGUUUUGUCUUUCACCCACUUUUUUAAAGCUGAGCCUGAGCUUACAGCAUGUAAUAAAACCGCUCUGCAGAGACAUGCCGUGAAUUGAGUGGCAAGCAACGCCUUGAUUUAACAGAGAGUAAGCUCUUGCUCAUUGUCUCUGUGAAGGUGACUCCUAACGUCUGAGGCUGCAAUUAAAUCCUGCCAACAAAGCCCGGGCACCACAGCCGGCGCUCUGCUUCCCUCAUCCUCUCAGCUUCUCAUUUGGUCCACGGGGGUUGUCGAGUCAGUUACUUAAGCUCUCCCCCCGCUGUAGCUAGAUCCCUAUUCCCGAUGUUCAGUGAGACACCCUGUAGGUUUUAUCUUGAAUAUAUCUGCAGCCGCUGUCGACCUUCUUCUUCUUCUUCUUCUUCUUCUUCUUCUUCUUCUUCCUCUUCCUCUUCUUCCUCUGCUGUCACCGAAAAACUGAUCUACUUGCAGUGAGGGCUGCAGCUUAUGCCGCAUAUUCUGCUCCUUCCCUACAGGACGACCCAGCCCCUCGCUUCAUAAUCUGUUUAGCGUCUUUUCUGCCUACCAGCAUGCACAAAAAGCCUGCAUGAAAAUAGAUGGGAGCCUUUAAGGGGGUCAUAUCAGGAUUUCUGCUAUCAGGGGAAGACUUGUUGCACAUUCUAUCUGCACGUGUUGUUUUUGGUUGUUUUGUUUACCUGUGGUGCUGCAGCUGUCAUUAACAGAUAAUUUGCUAUUUUGCUGCCACAGUCUGGGAGCAGCAGACUCGGAGUUAACCUACAUUUGAUGUGAGAACAAGGACAUAUCUAUUCGGAUGUUUAUAGCUGCUGUUGAGGGUUUUUUUUUAAAGCUGGAUGCCUACAGGACACAAACUGUAUCAGCUGGAGAAAGCGAGUGGAGCCGCAUCACCCACAGCUACUCCCAUGAGCCUGCUAAGCCCCAAUAAACCAAACACUGCUCCCAUUGUUAAUAAAUAACACAUUGGUCAUGCAUAACAGAUUUAGAUUCACAAAGCUGAGAUAAAAAAUACAAAAAAAAAACAGUCAAUUGUUCCCAACAAUAAGCUACAGGCACUCAUUUGUUGAGGCUCUUACUAUAUAUUAUUUAACAUAGAAUCACCUUUCACUCUCUCUUUAUUAUUAUGAGUGUGAAACUCUGCAUAACUCCAGAGAAAAGGUGCAUAGCUCCCUAAUAGGAGCUUGGAUUAUCUCCACAUACUAAACCAAAGAACUGUGCUUUAACAAGCACUCGAGUCCCUUGAGUGUUGGACUGGAUUUCAAAACAUUUAAGGGAGCUCUGUGGAAAAAAAGAGCAGCUAGAUUUCAGCACAGACAGCUAACAUGUGAUCAAACUAUGAAGUUUAUGGAUAUGCCUGCGUGCGAUAAAGGUGGCAUACCCAUCAUAACUUGGAAACUCAACAAACCUCACCCUUCAGUUAAAACUACUGUCAUUGUAGUUUUUAUGGGAGUUGUGAUUCCAAUGAAUGUUUGCUAAGUCAAUUUAGGUUAUCUGAAACAAUCACAGCGUAAAAUGGGGUGAGGUAGAAGCUUGGGAAAUGCUGAAGGGAGUGGUGAUAAGAGGACAGUAAAGGAACAGGAUCAUCAGGAGUGAUUACAUAAGCACUGUAUCUUUCUGUUGACAAAAUGAGUAAGCCUGCUGAACUUAUCUUGUUAACUUAACCACAGUGUUAAUAUGAAACCCUGACUGAACUUCAAGCCUGUCUGAACACAUUCCACAGCGCUUUUGCUACACAGGAUCCUCCUCUCCCCUCCACUAUCACCACCCUCACCUGACUUCUUCUGGGUUCCAGGCAGCAUAACGCUUGAUGGCUUCAGGAAGCUAAUUGCCUCUCUCUAUCUGUUUCUGUUUUGAAACAAGGGCUGGAGGUGGUAAGAGAGUGUAGCGUCUCACCCACACACGGAGCUCAGUGUCUGGAAGAUUUCUGCAGGCUGAAAAAGGCUAGGUGCACUCGACGCGACUCAGGACAUUUUACGCGAGUGCACCUCCCUCGCAGUCGACUGAUGUCACCACCACCCUGGACCCGACAUUUCAUUUCGACCCUCAAAUCGCACUGAACUGUUUUUUGGAACCACAAAAUUUCCGGCUUUGUCAUUCGGAGAUGUAGGCAUGACAGCAAGCCUACCUUUUUGCACCAUUUCAUCUCAACACUGAACCAAACAGAACACUCCAAGAGAACGUCGCACAAUCACUGCUGCCCAUUAACAAUUCAACAUGAUGUUUUUUUAUCUUCAAAGCUUCGACACUAAGUAAUUGCCUCUAGGAUAAUUACUCUUAUAUAGAAGUAGAUCAAGCUAUUAACCCUUAGCACUAAGUCUUUCAAAUUGCUUGCCUUUGAGACAACUUUUUUAACUAAAGCCCUCUGUGCCUUGUCCUCUAAUAGUUUCCUUUACCAGGUCUGUGAUUCUGGAGAGUGCUAAUGAUGUAGAUCAGAUUGCCUUUUUAAUAUGUACUGUACAAUCAGUAGGCAUACUUUAUAAUGAGCAUUUCACUAAUCUUGAAGGAUUUGAAGUUGUUCUUGAUUUCUUUGUGUUUUAUAUUUAACUCGUAUUGUGUACAAAUCAAGAUUAAGUUCUCAAAUGUUGUUGUGGUCUGUUGUAUUUCUGUGUUGAUGAUUAUAAGGCUGUUACGCUUUGUUUGUUUUUUACAAAAUUUUGAAGAAAAAAAAGGAAAAUGGCAGUUUGUUUUAUGUUUAUUUCUGACAUAACUUUGUUUGAAUAUUACUAAUAUGACAGAAGCAGUGCUGAUGAUACUCACCAAAACGCUGUCCGUUUUGAUUUUGACAUCUGUUGGUUGUAUACAUUUUAAUUGAUAAGUUUAAUUUGAGCUUUUGUACUUUUUUUUAAAAGUCGCAUCAUUUCCUGAUUUUAUAAACCCUGCUCUUCCUAAUAACAAAUAAAUGGCAACAUUUCAUCAUCAUCAGCUGAUUAUCUCUCCAUGUCUUCAUUUUGCCGGUUGCAUGACAGCUGGUGAUUAAACUUAAAAUAACAUGUCGAGCUGCUUAUCACAGCAAAUGACACACUUCCCCUCUGAGUCACAAGUAUUCCCAUCACAUGCAGAGUCCAUUCACCUUUGUCUCCCUCCUUUCGCCCAAAAUGUGCUCACUCCCCCAUCUGUUUACACAACAUGUGGUGUCAGCAACAGUGAAAGCAUCCAUUUCCCCCUCCUCUCCCCUUUAUGUUUUGAUAUCCUACACGUUUGCGGAGUUUCACAAUUCCCAUCCUGUCAGCUGCUGAACGGUCUUGUGAUCUGAGUUGAUGUUUUGCUGAAGUGAGAGUAUCCACGCAUGUCUGAUAUUAUGACUCCAGGCUAGGUUGUACGUUUUUUUCCAAGGUUCUAUAUUAGAAAAGUCACAAGUUUGGGUUUUCCUUUUUGGUUCCGUAUUCUCAAACGAACAUGCUGCUUUUUCUUCCUCCUGAAGAUGAGGAACAAAGGUCAGGAGGUUUCUCGGAAAGAAAAAAAAAAGCACAUUUUUAGAAAGAAGAUGGUAUUUUUGAUGAGCUUAACCUUUACCGUCAGUCCCUUGUAACCCUUUAUUAAUCAUUACAGAUGACUGUCAAAAGCUUCAUUUACUGAUAGCUUUCUCUGCAUAAAGGGCAAAGGUCGAAUCUUUCAGUUUCAAGGAAAGGCCCAGAUAAGGGUCACAUGAUGACAUUAUCAGUAUCCUCAGUCUCCUCUCUAAUUAAGUGCUCUUUGUGUCUCAGGUGAACUUCAUGGAAGAGAGUUUGAGGUCAGAGGACAAUGAUAAAGGAGAACCCAGCACCAGGACCAAAGGGGCCAGGAAACCUCUGACCACCUUCAAAGGCCCUCUGCUGGAUGUUAGGUUGGUUAUUCAUUCACAGUUACUCAUUGCUCACAGGUAAUGAUUGUCACAUUGUGAAAGGAAAAGGUAGAGGUUAUCUGCUGAUUUUUGCACGUUUUUAUGGGAUAACUAUACUGUCUACAUCAUUCGAUCUCCUUUUCAGUGAUGAUAUUCUUUUUUUAGAGUUGCAUUUCCUGCCAUUAUGACUUAACCCGCAUCACAAAAUUUGUUUUCUUUGAGUAAGAAACCUUCAGUGAGAAGCUCUUCCUUUAAACGAUGCUUUUAGCCACACUGGCAGGUUGGCUCUUGGGAUGGCAUUUUUAGCCUCGGUGGGUCAGUAGAUCGACCACUCAGGUCCAAACGAAAAUAUCUCAACAAAUAUUUAAUGGAUCGCUCUGAACUUUUAUGCAAGCCUCCAGAGGAGAACUUCAUAUCACGUGGUGAUCUCUUGACUUCACUCAAAUGUCAGGACCAGGUUUACAGUUUUUAGUCAGUGUCUUGAACACAUUUGGCCGACACAUUGCACUUCUAGGUUAGCUGAGUCAUACUUACUUAUGGGAACCUUUUCCUCUUCAUAUGUGUGGUCCAAGUUGUAGCAUGAACAGAAACCAUUAGCUAUUGCCUGACCAACAAAUAUACUUUGACACAAAGUCAACUUUCAGUAUUUCUGGUGUAACCAGACGUUAGGGAUAAACAGCUUCCAGCGAAGACAUCCUGGUCCGUGUGCCGUAUUGUUUACAGGCCAGUUUGCAACUUGAGAAGCCAGUGUAUGUGAAGUUUACAAGCUCAAUUGACCUUUCUGGAAAUGUUUGUUGAGUAAGUUCCCUCAUAUCCGCUGGAGUAACCUAUAUUUAUCUGUUUCUGAUGAGUCUCAGUUUCACUGUAAACUCAAAGUUACACAGAGGCUUUACUUCAGUUUUCUACCGCAGUAAAAACCUCAAAUUAGCAAUGAAAUUCUUGUGAUUAAUGCUGCAUUCCAGUUACCUCGGAUGUCAGAUGUCAGAGCUGAAAAUGACGUCACACCUGAGUUACCAGCGUUUCAAGUACCAAGUCAGAGAAAAGCAAAUUCUGAGGUGGAAACAAGAUGGCUACAUGUAUGAAAGUUGUAAGAACGCUUGCCUUGUCCUUGUUAUACUCUGACAAGGCAAGUGCUAAAAUAACUUUCAUAGAUGUAGCCAUCUUGUUUUCGCCUCAGAUUUUGUUUUUUUUUUCCGAAUUGGUAACUGAAACGCUGGUAACUCGGGUGUGACGUCAUUUUCAGCUCCGACAUCUGACUUCCGAGGUAACUGGAACGCAUUAUUACUUUCAAUAAAAGGGUCGUAAAGCUCCUGUAAAGAACUAUAUGAUUGUGUUGAUUUUGGCGCCCCCUGUGGACAGACCCAAAACAAUUUGUCUGUAUGCUUAUUUUGCCCAGUACAUGUGUAGGUAGUGUUUUGUGGCCUUAUAAAAACUACAGUUUCCUUUUUAAUGUCAAAUUUGUGAUCACAUAAACUUCUAGCAUAGAAACUUUUUUAAAGGCUGUUUCUGUAGCGUGUUGUUCAUAGCCCUGCCUGACAUCUACAACCUACCUGUAGAGAGAGAUGUAGAUAGAAAAUAAUCAGUCUGGUCACAGAUGGGUUUGUUUACAUUUGUAAAGUUGUGAUCUUUAAUUAAUCAUUAAUUUCAGUAUUUAAGGAGCGUUUAGUUCAUCUGUAUAACAUCAUGAUGCAGAUUUGAAAAAAAGUAAAAAUCCAAGCUGUGUCAUGUCGGUCCUCAAGAGGAGAAGAAACUGUAUUACUUUCAUAAUUGGGCUUUAAUUAGACCAACUGCUUUGGUAAUUACUGUUUUACUAGCAGCAGGGUAUUAGAUCAAGUAACAGAUGUUUAUCAAAUUGCCGUACAGAUUAAACUAGUGGGCUGUGUAUAACGCCUCGUCUCUGACUGAGGGCCCACUCAACAGGGCACUCUGUGUCAAGGCUUCAUAUAAACACUUGACUGUGGCAAGGCUUGAAGCCCAGGUGCUUCCCCAGUGCUCUUCUUUACUGUCUCUAUGACUGGUAGCUAUGACUGUUAGUGUUUGUUUGAGAAAACCACAGAAGGGUCGCCCGAGGGAGAAGGGGGAAGAGUCCUGGAGUUUUCUCUGAGGGAAAGUGACACGACACAGCAACAGCUCCUUUUUUCAGCUCUGUUUUUGUAAACAAACAGAGAAAGCACAUUGAGAGUGAACAUUUUUAGUGUUUACAUGUCGGCUCAUUUAGUGGUUGUUCAGGAAUAACUUCUUAAAGUUACUAUCGCAGCCUGUUUACUCAGUGAAGAAAGCAAAAGAUUGUCCUUCCCCUUCAUAUUUUCAGUAUCUGGCAUGCUGUCAAUCCAGUUUGUCUCUGUUGAAAGUUUGGACUGUACGAUUUUUGUUUCUUCUUCUGCUGCUCAUAACAUCUUCAAUAUGAAUUUAUACUGCACUGAAAAGUCAGUCACGUCAUAGCUAAUGAGGAAAAAAACAGCCAUUACGCCAAAAUUGUUUCUAUCACCCAAGUUUUCCUGUCAAUAUGGUCGAAUUUCUGAGCAGUUCCAACAUUGUGAAAAAAGUCUUCCCUCUGUUCUCCACGGUUUCUCCUGACCUGAGUGGGUGGAGGUGGACAUGUUUAGUGAGGCUUUUUGCAAUAUGGCAAGUCCAGUUUCUGUGUCCCAUUUAAUUCAGCCUUGUUGAGCGUGUCAAAUAUAAAACUGAGGCAUGUUUUCUGUCUUUUAAUACUUUUACACAUCAUAAAAAAAAAGAACACAGUUCGUCUCUAAACUUUAUUUGACCGUUCAAAUAAGCCCUGCAGCACCAGUCUCUGUUUGCAGUCGUACAAGAGACAUGCAAGUUACCCUCACUGAAGUAAACUAAGAAGAUCAAACUGUUGUUUCCAUUUCAUCCUUGUGUUUCAUCAUCAGUGGAAGAGCCUCUGCUGUUCUACUCAGUUUAUAUUUGCACACAGUUUGGAUUAUUUGCUCCACAGUUAGACUAAACACACAGCGCUUAAGGCCAGAAAGGUCCAGUGGUCACUGAAGUCUUCCUGGUUUUAUCCUCUGAGCUGGAGCUGACUCAGUAUGUAUUUCAUUUUCCGACCAAGGAAAAAAACACCUCUCCUAUUAAGACCAAUACUCUCCAUCGCUUUAUUUAUUUAUGUUUUUUAUGUGUUGCUCUUUGACCCAUUUUUACAAAACCCUUGAACAUCACAGCUGAGUUACUGAGGAAGUAAAGCCAAAAUAUUAGGAACAAAACAUCAUAUUUAGGAAAGUUGGAUUUUAAAUCAUUUGAGACGUUGGUUCAUCAUUAAAUUUGAACUACAUGUAUUUGUACCUGGUGUCCAGAUACAAAAAGAUAAAUUUGUAUCACCCUGCACUUAUUGACAAAAUGUUCUCUUCGCAUAUCGACUCGAUGCCUACGGUCAUUAUUGAUGUGUUUGUUCUUUUAUGGCCUAAUUGAUCUAGUCACACGUGGGCAGGAAUUAAGCAUGCAACAAAUCAAUAAUUGAGUGAGAGACACUGACCGUUGAUCAAUAAAGCAGGUCGCGCCUCUUUCACAUGAAGUCAGUCACAUCAUGCGCUUUAAUUGAGAAUUCACUGAACUGCCAGAGCCGCCUGGAUAUGAAGUGCGCUGCAUUGCAAAGGAGAGUAAGAAUCACACAGUGAUCUGUAUGCCUCUCUGGUAAAUAACACAGCCAGCCAGCCAGCCAGCCAGCCAGCCAGCCAGUCAGUCAGUCAGUGCAUCACACACUGUAUGAUGCUGCUCUUCAAAUUCAUGAAUAAGGUCCGUUGAGUUGUGUUUUCUCUGAGAAAGUGCUUUGAUGUGAGGAUUUUGACAGCUCUGGGCUGUGAAUUAUAGUGAUAAACAGAUUUAAAUGAGCCUUAAACGCAAUUAUAUUUCUGAGCUGUGUUCGCCUUAAUUCGGGGCUGUGGGCUUUAGAGGGGAGUAGGGGGGCUUUGAUCUUGUGCUUGCCGAAGGUUUCCCGAGCCGGAAGACUCUCUCUGAGAUCAAGUGAGCGCCAGACUCUACAGCUGUUUUACUGGGUAAAAGGACAUAAAAAGAGAAAAUAUAUCUUUGUUCAUAGCCAUUUUAGUCCGUGAAGCACAGCCAGGCUGCAUCAAUGAAAGGCUUUAUCCACAUGAGGCUGAUACUGUAAUAUAUUUGCAAGUUCCCCCUUGGCAAAGAAGUCCCCAAUAAAAUCCCUGUUCACUGAGGCUGUAUUCAUCUGAUCAAAUACUAUUUAUAGCCCAAUUAGACUGUUGCAAACUUGAUUAGAGCGAGCAUUGAGUUCAAGCUAAAAUAUAAGGUCAGACGGCAGAGAAGCGUGUUGUUGCUACAUCUUUGAUCUGCUCUAGAUAUCACAACAAACAAAGCUUUUUUUUUCUUUUAAUCUCCAACUAAAAAUAAACGAAAUCUUCUGACUUAAAUAACAAUCUGCUCUACCAAUCUGAUGUCCUCUUUAUCGUCUUUAGACAUAAAUCAAGUUUAUAAGUAUAAAUGUCGUGUUUAUUUGUUAUGGUGCCCUGGAUGGAGGUGGGAACAUUGGGCAAACAUUCAGCCCAUCUUAAAGUCAGACAACAUCCUACUGUGGGACACAUUCACAAACUCUGAGCAGACCAGCUUGUCUGCUGAGGUCUGGUUUUUAUUUGACAAAUACUGAUUUGAUUCAGGGACCUUUGGUUGAUGGAAAAGAAAUAUUAGACAGAAAAUCAGUUGUGUCAAAAAUAACAGAAGAAGUAUGAUUUGAGACAUGAAAGGAUGAAUGACAUAUCUCCAUAGUUGUCAAGUAUCCCAUUUUGGCUGGGAAACUAUUGUAUUUUACCCCUUCCUGAUUAGUAUUGUCCCGUAAAUGUCCCGCAUUAUAAAAUAUGUAUUAAAAAAGAACAUUAUUCUGCCUCUCCAAACUGAACUCUAUCACUAGCGUGUGUAAGUACCCACCAACUAGUAGUAGCAAGUUGUCAUCUGUGACAACUCGCAGAUGACAAUUUACCAAACAUAAACUUACAGGUAUGCAUAGGUCUAAAAGGAGGGUGACAGAUAAAUCAAUGUUUUUAGUUUGUUACAGUGUUAUUGAAUCCUCUUUCACUGACUCUAUCUUCUAUACCAUGGUUCCUUCAAAACAGAGCACUGUCACUGUGAGUUUGCAUACCUAACAGCUUUAAACAGCAGGUUAUCUGCAGCUCAUAUACAUAAAGGCAAAUAUCACUACCCUCCAUUCAGAUGCCGCUGUGCUUCACUAACAAUGCACUGUCUGUCCUUCACUCCCAAACUUCAGUACAGGUUCGUUGAGUUUUUCUCUCUGCCAGCUGCUGUCAGUCAAACACAGACACCAAUUUGCCCGUCCAGUCACUGACAUGGAAAGGAUAUUUCCCAAAAGGCUUUUCUUUUUUUUAAACUUUAUUAGUUAGAAAAAGAAAAGCAAAGUAGGAUAACUAGAUGUGAUUUAAAUCGGUUUUAAAACUUUGACAUACUGCUGUUUUAUUCCUCCUGCUGUCUGUACAAGCACCUGGGUGGGGCUUUUCAAUACAAAACACACAGUACAAAUCCAUCUGGAUCAGGAAUAACUGCAUUUCUGAGGCUUUGGACAAGAACGUUAACAAGAAAUGGAGCUGGAAGUUUUCUUAGAACUCAGUGUGUUUACUUAAGCCAAGGCUGCACUACCAACUCGUAAAAGAAUGCCUACUACCUAAUCAGACGAUUAAAAGCUGCAUGACAAUGUUGUUACAGCUAGUAGACAGUGAAGGCUAUGUUCCAGAAGUGCCAAGAUAAUCAAGACACAAAAACUGCAGAUAAAAUACUCAUGAAAGAAACAAAAAAGCAUGAUGUAGACCAAAGGGAACCCUUUUCAGAAUUUUUCAGACCUUAUAGCCUCUCAGAUAUAUUCUGAUAGUUACUCCAGUUUCAUCAUGUGUGUUUUUUUCUCUCCCCCCAGUCCGGCAGAGGAGCUCAGCUUCGGUUCUGGGGAGUUGGAAAAGAAAAGCCUCAUCAUCUUGAGCAAUGUGACCAAAAAUCAAGUGGCCUUUAAGGUGAGUGUGGAGGGGAUCUAGUUUGUGAGCAGGGCAUUAGUCAUCCAAAUAAUUCCCUUUUAUGAAACACUUCAAAAAAAUAUGAAAUAAAAUGUGAAAUCCUCAGACAAGAACUCUAGACAAGGGAAAAACUGUGAAAAUGAGAUGAUAAAGUCACACAAAAGUCAUUUUUAAGAUUUCAUUUUUUUAAAUAGUGCUGGGCUUAUGAACCUGCUCUCUAAAAUUGCUUAGGAGACCUGUGUGAUUCUCGCUUUGAGCGCCGCAUUUGAUUUGUGUUUUUAAUUGAUUUUAUGCCGGCAGGUGCUCUCGGGCAGUUGCUCUCGUGUGUAAUGUGUGGUUCCUCACUUUUCUCCCACCGGGCAGGAUUCCUCUGUUUUAGAUGCUGAAAUAAAUCAGUCCUGCAGCAGCUUCUUGCAACCACAGGCUUAAGGAAACACUUGUUAGUCGAUAGAGACACUUUUUUUUCCUCUGCUUUUUGAGUACUUGCUGUGUUUGCAUUUUCCUGAGUCUGAAGAGAGCUCCCAUUUCGCUAAAAACUAUGGAGUAUGGCUGCCCCGUAACUUUUUAUUACCCAUGUUAAAAAUGUACUAAUAAAGUCUCUUGUGUCUUUACAGGUACGGACCACGGCACCUGAGAAGUACAGAGUGAAGCCCAGCAGCAGCACCUGUGAAGCAGGUGCUUCAGUAGACAUAGUCGUUUCCCUACAUGGAGGUACUGCUCUUAAACUCUUCACUCUUUGCUCCUUCACAGCAGCUUCAAAACACUGAACCUCAAAAUCAUCAAAGAAGUCCAGUUUAAAGUCGAGUUUCCUACAUUUUCAAAGAGCGAGCAUCCGUUUUUCCUUUUGUGUUUUUGACAAAAAUAUUUCACAGGUGAUAAAAGCAUCGUCCUCAAAACAAAGCAUCAAACAACUGACAGUGCGAACAACUUGACAGCCUCUGGGCAUUAAAAUGUCAGCUCUAGGUCAACGCUCGCUGCGUUUCACUCAGAAUCACUGCCACCUUUUCCCUUUUGUUUUCUACCCUGGCUUGACCCGCAUGAAUAUUUUAGUCUCAUAAUAUUUCCUGCAGGUUCCCAGGCCUCUCCUCAGGACAGGUUUCUGGUUAUGGCUGCAGAGAUGGAGAACACCGGAUCACAAGAACUCACGCAGUUCUGGAAAGAAGUCCAAAAACCCAAGAUCAUGGAGCACAGGUACACGUGUGGGCUCCGUCAGUGAGACUGUGGAAAGAUAUGAGGGCUCUUUGUUGUAGUUUCAUCUCAUUAUAUCUGUGACAGUAGACCUGUAGGCUGCAUAUCUCUUCCUGAUGAUCCCCCUCAUUAAGCUGUAACUCCUCUACAGGUUGCGCUGUCACGUUCUCGAGAGUGCAAAGCCAACAGUGAGUCUCCGCAAAGACAGCCUGGGGGAGACGGGGACCAGCGGGCAGCAGGAAUUUAACACAACGGUGAGAUCUGUUAAGAGAGGAGCCUUCUCUCUUUACAGCAGGAUUUAUCCCUCAGCUAUAAAGAGUUCUCAGAUAGAGAUAGGUUUUUUUUUUAAAACAGACACCUGUGUGCUGUUUCUUUACUGUGUGCCUCACAACCCUACAUUUACAACUCUUGAAAGUCACCAAACCUUUGUCCACCAGACUAACUUUGGCACUGAAAUACCUCUAAACCAUAAAACGGUGCCUGUUCUAGUUCUGUUUACAUCUUUAGAGGUGCUAAUAGGCAUAUUUGAGAGGUUUGGAGGAAGCCAGCUUAGCUCUUUCCCCUUUGCUUCCAGUCUGAAUGAUAAAUGAGCUUAUUGCCUCCCUGCUCCAGGUCUGCAUUUAUCACACAGACAUGAGAGUAGUAUCAACUGUCUUAUCUAACUCUUGGCAAAAAAGCAGAUUAAACAUAUUCCCAAAACACCCGGCUAAUCCUUGAAUUUACUGUGUAUCUAAUUUGUUGUCACGGCUGUAAUUGCGAGCGUGUUAGAUUGAUAAACCCGGUCAGUGAACUUUUCCUCUUCUUUUCUUACAUCUCUCCAGCUCAUGCGAGUCAUGGCCAGCAACUCACGGAUGGAGCAGAAGCUGAACACGUGUCUGUGGGUACAAAAGGUUCUCGUCGCUUUAGUGCUGGUCCUCGUGGUGCUCAACCUGCAGUGUCUCUACCUGCUGGGUACCUCCCCGCGGCCAUCUUGACCGGCCUGGGAGGUACCCAGGCUUGUAAUUUAUUGCAAAACAAAUAAUGUAGGUAAAAAACAUAUUUUUUGAUCAAAUGUUCAAUUUUUUAUAAUGUACAAAACGACAGAUUAUAAAAUAAACACCUUUUGACAAUUUAA